AUCUGUUGUUGUUGAUAUUAGUUGACUCUGGGUAAGAGUGUCUGCUAAAUUAGUAAAAUGUAGCCAAAUGAAAAUGUAAGAAUGUGAGCAUUCAGAAUUGUUACAGAAAGUCCUCACGUGGCAGGAAAUAUAAUUUGAGAAUGCCGUAAUCUAGGCAUGUUGAGCCAAUGGAAAACCAAUUGCUCUGGAAGAGGCUGUUGAUUGGCUGGUUCAAAUGGGGAGGAAAUUUAAACGGUAACGCCAUACCUUAUUUUGUUAUUUCAGCACUGAAGCUAACUGACGGCUCAAGGGAUUGCCACUACGGCUUGGUUGUGUUUCUAAGAUACACGUUUAAAAGGAGACCAGCUACAGACAGCUGCUGAAAUGGAUGGUGAGAUGGCGCAGAGUGAAUCGGCAAGUCACUACGAAUUUGAUGCACCGUCACAUGUCAUUGAUUUCAAAGCAUUGGAUACGGAGGACAACGCAGACAUUUGGUUUGACCAAUGUGCUGGCCAGGGUGGGGGAAUGUUUGGCCACCUUGCCACCCCAAACAGAAACAAUAUACCACUUGGAAUGACCCCUGAAACACACUUGCCCAGGGUGAUUGUAUCUCCCAGGGUGAAAAACAACUCUAACUCAGCAGAGGCCCCAAGUACUUCCUCAGGACCCACCACAGCAGAUGCCCCGAGCAUGUCCUCAGCUACCCUCCCCAACAUUGUCACCUCCUGGGGAAAUAAGCCAGCUCCGGGAGCUGCCCAGCCGAAAAGGAAGGGACCCCCUGCCCAACCGCGCAGGGUGUCAAAGCGCAAAGAGGCAGCCUGCAAUGAGGAAGGACGGCACACCGCCCCUCAAGUGCCACCACCUGUCAAGAAGCAGAGAAGGAGCUCAUCUCUGCCCCCCAGGCGCAGUCUUAGUGUCCGCACCGCCGUGCGACUCAACCCCAGAGCAGCCACGCAGGCCCGGCACGUUGCAGCGGCCCCCACCACACAGCAUAAGAGCUCUGAGCAGCAGGAGAUGGAGCGCAUCAAGGCUCUUCAGAAGGAAGUGGCUGACCAGCGGAAGAGAAACGAGGCCAGUUACAGGGCUGCAAUGGCAGGCAGUCAGCCCCCAAAGAAGCUGGCUCUGGCCACCACCGUACCCAAAGAGUUCAACUUCAGGACAGACGGACGUGUCAAGGUCGGCACCUUGCCACCGCACAAGGAGAUGGACUUCACCGCUCAGCUCCGCAAGCACCCAUCCUCCCCCGCCAAGGCGCCAAAUGGUACCACUGUGCCCAAGCCCUUUAACCUGUCUACUGGCAGCAAGAGGAAGCUGGAGGACCCUGCCCCCUACGUGCCCAUGGCCCAGCAGAUUGAGCAGUUUCAGAGACGGACUCCAACCCGCUACCACCUUCGCAGUCGACAGAGCCACGAGAAGGGCCCGUCGCCUGUGAAGAGUGAGCAGCUGAAGAUCACCCACCCUCACACCCCUCAGCUGAUGACCCGGCAGAGGAGCCGACCCACGGCAGUCAAGAGCAGUGCUGAGCUUGAGGCUGAGGAACUCCAGAAACUCCAACAGUUUAAGUUCAAGGCCCUGGAGCUGAACAGGAAAAUCCUAGAGGGGGCGCUGAACCCCAAGAAGCCCACGGUGAAGGAGUCCACGCGGCCUGAGGCCUUUCAUUUGCACAUGGACAAGAGGCUGACGGAUCGAAAUGCCAGUAAGAAGCCGGAGGAGCCCGAGGAGCAGCACACCUUCCACUCCCGCCCGCUACCGGUCAGGAUCCUAGAGGAGGUGGUGGGUGUCCCAGAGAAGAAGGUGCUGUGUCCCACUGUUCCAGAGUCCCCUGCAUGGGCCCUGAAGAAGAGGGUGCGCAUAGACAGAAAGGUGGAGGAGGUAAAACCCCCGGCCCUGCUCAAGGCCCACGCGGCGCCCCACUUUGGCCUGCCCUUCCAGCCUAAGCUCCAGGACAAGACCCAGAUGGAUGUGUGCCCCUUCUCCUUUGAAGAGAGGGAGUGUGAGAGAAGGCUGCUGAAAGAGAAGAGGCUGGAGGAGCUGAGGCAUGAAGAGGUGCCAAAGUUCAAGGCCCAGCCGCUGCCGGACUUCCAUGAGGUGGUCCUGCCAGAGAAGAAGGUGGCUGAGCCCACCAAGCUUGAGCCCUUCAAGCUGCUCAUCGAUGAGCGGGGAGCUGUCAAGCACGACCGCUGGGAGCAGAUGCUGAAGGAGGAACAGAAGCACCAGGCGGAGGCAGCCACCUUCAAAGCUCGACCAAAUUUGGUCACUCACAAAGAGCCGUUCAUCCCCAAGAAAGAGAACCGCUCUGUCCUGGAAGACAUGAAUAAUUCCGUAGUUCCAGAGGGCUUCCAGCUGUCUACAGAGCGCCGUGCCAAGGAGCGGUUGGAGUUUGACCGGGCGGUGAGUGAGAAGGAGGCGCUGAGGGCUCGCAUGGAGGAGGAACAGCGCAGGGAGCAGGAGGAGCGUGAGAAGGAGGACAUGGCCAGGCUACGCCUAGAACAGGUCCACAAAGCCCAACCUGUCAGACAUUACAAACAGCUGGAGCUGAAGAAGAGCAAUGUCACACUCACUGUGCCCCAGUCUCCCAACUUUUCUGAUCGCUUCCGCAUGUGAUGGAUGAGAAGGGAUUUAGUUGUGUAUAUUAUAUAAACACUUCAUUUAGUUCUAUGCCGCUUCUGUGGUCUGCCUUUUAUUUUAUUGGUUUGAACCAUUCUUCAGCUUUAAAUUUCUCUGGAAAAACCUGACUGCUCGUUCCCACUGGCCUGUACAUUUCUUGCUUGUUCUGACUUGUCGUCGCUUUGAUUUCAAUUAUGUAUAAUAAAGUCAUGUUCUUAAUGUCUUAACCUUUUAAAACACCAGGCUUCAAAUUCAUAAUCUGUCUUUGAAGUCUUGUUACCUGUAUUUAAUUUCCUGACAUGAAUGUAGUCUUGACUGUCUCUGCAACAUGUUGCAGCAGCCUUCUGCCAAUAAAAAUGGACUACAACA